GGCUGGGAUCCCGACGGUGGGGUUAGCUUCGCGGCCGCCCCGGCAACGCUCGUGCUCUCGCGCCUCGUCGUCGACGGCGGCGGGCGGUGAUGCGGAGUGGGAACGUGGCAACGAGACCGCCGUCGCGUCGGACUCGGCUCGCGUGUGCACCAGCCUCGACGUCAACGUCGCCGUCGCUGCCGCCGCCGCCGCCGCCGCCGCGGCGCUCGGACGUAAACGGAGGCGAAUGGAGGCUACAGACACGGCGCGGGAGCGCGUACCGUCCUCUCCGGCUGACCACCAGGGGUUCUCAUAAACGGGAGCAACGACAGAGAAACUGCGAACAGGGAGCGAUGGCCCGAUCGAGGGGAACGUGAAGACCCGCCGUCACCCUGGCGCGUGGCAAGUCCGGUCAAAGGCCUGGAUCCUCGUCCUCCUCGUCCUCGUCCACGGAGAGGCUGCAAAAGAUGCCCGGGCCGCCGACGCAGGAGAGACCCCGCGCCCACCGGCUCACCGACAUCGAGUCCCAGGCGAAGGGCCUGGGCGGUAAUCGGACGGACGACUUCGGCACGCCCGUCAGUUCCGGCAGCAACAUGAGCAGCAUCGCGCGCUUCCCGAAGCUCGACGAGUGCGCCCACUUUCACUACGAGCACGUCGAGCUCGGUACUCUAGAGGUGUCCGUCAACGAGGGCUCCAACGACUCUGAGAGCUACGCCGUGCGAAUAACAUCCGGGGACGCGUGCUGGACGUUGCAGAGGUCCUACGACAACUUCGUCAUGUUCGACAAGCAGCUGCACCGCUGCAUAUUCGACAGAAAGUUUUCCUCCCUAACGAAGCUUCCAGAUGUUCGGCCAAAAAAUGCCUGUGAUAUACUCAAGGAUUACUUGAGCCGGUUCUCGCAGCUGAAUCACGAAGGCCUAAACUGCGGCCCGGUGCUGAAUUGGCUGCAGCUCGACAACAGGGGCAGGCGGAUCCUGGUACCGGAGUCGGAUUCCUGCCCCAUCAAUACUCCAGCCGUCGCCGCGGCGUACGCCGUGAGACCCUACACCGCUCAGGCCCAGGACGAGAUCUCUUUUCAGGUGGGCGACAUGAUAUCCGUUAUAGACAUGCCUCCUCCGGGGGAAAGUACCUGGUGGCGCGGGAAGCACGGAUUCGCGGUUGGGUUUUUCCCGGCCGAGUGCGUCGCCGUGAUCGGGGACAAGGUGCCGCGUCACCUGACUGUUUCGACGACGGUCAGGUCGAGGUUACCGGUUAAGCCCGUGCUCCGUAAGCACGGCAAGUUGAUCGCCUUUUUUAGAUCCUUCAUACUGAACCGGCCCUCUAGAAGGAGACUGAAACAAUCGGGUAUACUGCGAGAGCGCGUGUUCGGCUGCGACUUGGGAGAACAUCUGCUAAACUCUGGCCAAGACGUGCCCACCGUUUUGACGUGCUGCGCGGAAUUCAUAGAGAAACACGGUCUAGUCGACGGUAUAUAUCGCCUCAGUGGCGUUACGUCCAACAUACAGAAAUUGCGGAACGCCUUCGACGAGGAUAGGGUACCAGCGUUGCAUUCCGAUGAGAGUAUUCUGCAAGAUAUCCACUCCGUAGCGUCGUUAUUGAAGAUGUACUUUCGUGAGCUGCCGAAUCCGUUGUGCACGUAUCAACUUUACUCCACUUUCGUCAACGCGGUGCAAGCUGGCAGCGACGCCGAGAGACUGAGACGUAUGAGAGACGCGGUUAGAAAGUUACCGCCACCGCACUACAGGACACUGGAGUAUCUGAUGCGUCACUUGGUGCGGGUAGCCGCGCGCGGCACGGAAACGGGUAUGACCCCGCGCAACGUGGCCAUCGUGUGGGCGCCGAAUCUCUUGAGGUGCAAGGAGCUGGAGGUGGGUGGCGUGGCGGCGCUUCAGGGUGUCGGGGUCCAGGCAGUCGUGACCGAGUUUCUAGUCUGCUACGCGGAGCUCAUAUUCGGGGACGGACCUGUCGGCAGGCCAAAGUCCUUGGCGAUUACCACGUCCGCGCGAUUGCUCACUCUGGAGGAGGCGCGUAACAGAAGCCUGAGAGGCGAGCCUGACUAUAUAGAGGUAGGGGCGGGUCCGGCCGGCCUGCCUCUGCGCUACCACACCGUCAUAGAGCUGCCGCGCAAGCGGAAUGGCUCGAAACGAUCGCCCUCGCUCAAUUGGAGGGCGCUGUUCGGUAGGGGCGCCGUCGGGAAAACGAGGCAAAUUGGCACGCCACCUCAGGCGGAGACAGUGCCGAGUUCCUUGAACUCCUUGCGACGGCUGAGACCCGUCAAGAGCGCCGACAGUUUGGACGGCGAGGAUGGAUUGGGUCCCCUCUUGGGAGGACCGCCUCCCAUCAGAACCUGCGGUCACAGUCGAUCCGUCUCGCACGACUCUUACUUCGAUCACUUGGCCGACGCGCCUAACGCAUCCUCGCCGUUGGAUCUCUCGGAGAUACAACUUAAUUUCGAUCUCGAGGAGCGGGAGAUGAGGAUGCUCUCGGAGGAGGAAGGUGGCGGAGUGGCGUCGGUAGAAGCGUCACCGCGUCGGCAGAGAACCGAAGGAAAUCAGUGUGCCGCCGCGAGCGGCGGAUCCAAGAGGAAACGAUCUCGCUUGGAGGAAAGGUUGCACUGCGACGUCGAGUUGCGUUUCAUAGACAGCCAAAGCCCCGAUCAGGUCAUGGUGUCGACGAACGCGGAUAUUCACAGUAUCGACACACCGUCUCCGUUACAGACGCCAGGCUAUCUACCGUUGUUGUCGGAGGCCUCCACGCCGUUAACGCCCGCUACGUUGCAGGGCACGUCUCACUCCACGUCGCCGGUACCGGCUAACAGCCCCAGAAUAAGUUUUCGAAGUUUCACUUUGCCGUUAGAGAUUGGCGAUGAGCGCGACGGAAGCGCGAGCAAGUUGAAGGAGACCAGUGCGUCGUCUUCUGAAAAGUCGUCGGAUCCUAGCCAUAGGUUGUCUGUAAAUUUAGAAAGCCGUGAUAAGAGAUUGGAGCCGUGCGAGAGGAUCAUAACUUACGACGGGCGCGCGGAAUUGCGCGACCGAAACUCGACCACGUCACUUUCGCGUACCGAGAGUCACGUCGCGACUCAGUCGAGCGCGAUCGCUUCGGUUUUCAGCGAUGCGGAGAUGACACCGUGUAACAGAUUGUCCGUCUCGUGCGAGGGAGCUGCGACUAGCGGAGUUGCCUGCAAGGACGUGACAGGUGGACUGAGUUUGCAUUCUAUAGAGAUUUCGUCUAAAUCGUACAAAGAGAAAGAAGAGACAGUAAAGGAACAUGACGAGUCCACCGAUCCGCCGGGCAAUCUUACUGCCGUGGCCGACUUGCCGAGGUUGCCAUCCAAUACGACCGAUCUCGAUUCCCCCAUGUCGUGCGAGCAGACUCUGCAGGAGCUACAGGAAUCCGGAUUCGUAAUCUGCGACAGCUCCGACAAGGUGUUCACCAGUGCGGAAAAUCCGCGCGCGACCAGCAGCAACAACGACUCUGGCGACUGGGUGAUCGUCGGAGGAACGGCAGCUAAUUCCUUUGCGACGCCGAUCAGCGAGUCUACUAGUCCCAAUGACUCCUUUGUGGAGAGCGACGCGAAUCCGGCGUCGGAGAACAUUCCCGGAACAUUGUUGGAACUCACUAUGCCCUCGACCGCGGCGGUGUUCCGCAUGGGGAUCGACAAUUCGACGGGGAGUCGAAUAUUGAUGCGGGAAAGUGAGGAGAUGAUGCUCGACGUCACCGAGGCGAAGAAGUACGCGAGUCACGGGCAGAAACGGGAAGAGGCCGAUUCGCAGGCGGGUUUCGGUCUCGUGAACGAGGACAGUCUCGCGAACGACGCCCAUUCUCGGCUGCGCGACCGGGAGAACGGCAAUCGAUAUUCGUGCACGACGGAUGUGGACUCGGGCCAGGAGUCGAACGCGAGGGAGCAGCAGCAACAGGUUCGCGCGUGUUACAUCGAGGCGGACAACGCGAACGUAUUUGGUACAAAUCGGAACGAGAUACGCGACGAUAAGGAGCUGUUCCGGCAGAUGGAGACCCUUGAGAACUAUCGCCGUCUGUCGAGGGACACGGGCGCGCAGCAGCGAGAUUGCACGACGCGCACUUUACACGCCACGAAUCACCCGCGAUUCUCGAGUAAACCCGAGGGCGAUCAGGAGACGAGCGUCACGCGGGACGAGCGUGACAACGACCACUGUACGAACGGACUGUCCAAGAAGUGCCAAAGUUUCGGAUACAAUAAUUCGCAGAAGCAGCAGAGCAACACGCAACAAAUACGUAAAUGCGCUUCCAAACGUGGCGACGAGGGUCACAAGUGCGCCAGCCUGCAAGCUAAUCAGAUACGGAGCAAUAUCGAGGUGAGAAUUCCCUCGGAGAACGCGGCCGAGCCUUGCGAGGUGGCGCACGCGCCAGAAGGGGCGUCCGAGCUGAUGGAACAGACGUCGGGCACGUUCACGAGCGCCUCGAACAUCGACGACACGGUGGUUCUUCCACCGCGGGACACCGCGGCGAUCCUGCAGGAGCUAGCUCUACAAAGAUUGUCCGGUGGCGCGGUAGGAGACGCGUCCGCGCCCGUGAGAAGAAAAUACGAAGGCGAGACGAUCAGGGAGCGAAGGAGCUUCGACUCUGAGAUCGGCAGAGAGAUCGUCAGAGAGAGCAAGAUGAGGCAGGAGCUGGACUGCGCGCGGGGCAAGUCCGAGGAGUCGUCGCAGCACUUGCCACCUUGCCUGCGGGCGCGUCACGCGAGGGCGACUCGGGCGGCGCUGAGCCGCUCCCUGGACGAGGCCAAGUUCAAUCGAAUGACGGGAGACAUCUCGUUGUCGGUAAAGCCAACGUCCGAGGACGCGCAGCACUGCUCGACGCCCAACGUCGGCAGCAGCUCCGGCACGAGCGUCUCCGACAAGAUCCAACUGAGAAAUCUCGGCGGCCUAGAUCUGGGGGACCCGCAGUGUAGAGAAAGAAUCGAAAAGUACAAAGAGGAGAGAAGGACGUUCUUGAGGGAUAAGUAUCGGUCGGAGAGUUUCCGCGGGGUCUCGUCCAAGACCGAGGACGACGGCGAGCAGGCGUUACUGACCAGGCUGAAACAGCGGGCCUCGAGGCCUUCUCUUCAUUGAUGAAAUCCGGUCUUCGUAAGACAAGGAAGGAAGGGGAACGAGCACCGUUCUCUAGUAUAAAUAAGUAGUAUAAAUAAGUUCUUGAGCAGUUAACGCGUUAAUGCGAUUAUCCAUUAUCUACCUGCAUCUUAGAACAAGUGCAAAUUGUAGGGCGGCUGUCGAGUUAAUCAACCUUAUGACCAAAUUCCGCAACCUCGUUCUUAACGCCACGUCCGCGCUUUGUUUUCGAGUACAGGGCAACUAAUUAGGAUGGCGGGACGUCGAGCGAACGUUACUAUUAUAUCUGAACGGUAAUAAUAGAAGAAUAUGCGUUAUCUUAAAUCACAUAACUUUACGGCUUGUAUAUUUUUAUUGAAUUUAUAUUCGAUAUCCCAGGUAUGUACGCUAACUUGGGCUUAUUUGUACUACUCGCGAAUGCGAGCGCCGUUUCCGCAUUCGAUGACAUAUUGUUUAUGCAAUUCUGCCAAACGCUCUUCUGCUAGAUCCACUGAACCGCUUUCACUUGAAUCUCACCGACGCCGCGGCCAUAUCGCGGCUGAUAAUGAAGGUGAAUUACGACGGGGAUGAGAUAAAACGAGUUGCGCGAUCCAUGACUCAUCUUCGCAUCGUCAAUCGCCAUUGUUAGCUGAAUUGUGCGAACGCUUUUAAAGCUCAUUAUUAAUUUAUUACGAACUCGAAGGAAGGUAUUCAUUUUUAUUGUUAGAAGCUUUAAUAACGAUUCUCUUUGUAAUUAUUAUUAUCAUUAUUAAUAUUAUUUGAUUUUUAUAUUUACUCAUAUUCUUUGUACUGUUAUGCUAGCAAAAAAAAAAGAAACGCGCGCAUGUAACAUUUCAGCUGCUUUGUUGUAUGUACCAGAGUCAACGAUAUUUCGUGCAGGUUCUCGCAAUGUCGCGCGAGACGUCGAGUUCACCUGUUGCUUUUACGCCGUAGGUAAAAAUCUCUUGCAAAAAUUAACCCGCACGUCUUGAAAUAUUUUUUCAGAGAGAUUCUCUUACGAGCCGUGUGAAAACCGGUCGUCCCUUUACAGCGGGAUUGUUGAACUUGACCGGAAAUUCAGACAAAUGUUUUCCUCUCGCGAGCGAAAAAUUUCUGGUACAUACAUAAAGUUUAACUAAAUUGCGAGUUCGCCGGGAGGAAGUCUAGGCGAGCUCGCUCGCGACGUUAAACCGGGCGUUUCACUCGCGCGCCAAUGUUACUCUCGCGUUAUGGACUGGUCCAUAAUGACGACACCCACAGAUAUAUCCUUUUGGAAACACGUUAAUUCUUUCGGUUAGUUAAUAUGUGUGUAACAUAUUGAUUUCUAUAACAAUGCGCUUGUCGACGGAAGGCUUGCUUAAAAUCAAGAUUACUAUCGGAUCACUAAUGGUUCUCGCUAUCUUAAGUAAGUGCUUAUCCUAAGUGCGUAUCGCGCGCAUUGGCCUCGCGUUUUAUUACAUUUCGAUCACUAAGCAGCAGCUCUGCUUAGCUACCUCGCCUCAUCUCACAACUAUUGUUACGAGCGAAGUUGUACAAAUACGUCGCGCUAAGAUUAAUUUUACGUUUGUAGCUUUCUUUUAUCUCAUUUUAUUAUUUUUCUUUUCAGCGACUUUUAAUCGGGCUUCUCUGGAAAAAGGGGACGAUUUGUUCGCGAAAUGUUCUUUUUUUUUAUCAUGUUGUCUUUUUCAAAGGCGCAGCAAGCUGAGCUCUUUCUUUAAGUACGGUUUGAGAACCGUUUAACAAGACUGGGACUAAUUGUCGACGCUAAUUGUUGGAUACGAUUUCGGUCGUACUUGCGUCCGCGGACGUGACGAACAAAUCGCAAUUUAAUACUCCGUAGAGUCGCGAAACCUACGUUUCGACAUUACUCUCGCAAAUUCUCAAGGCAUUUAAUUAGGAUGAUUAGUAAUUAGCGAUGACGUUUGAAUUCUUGCAUGCGUAGCGAGGACUCGAGACCGUGGCUUUCGUAUCAAACACGUGACUGUUUUUUUUUUAAACGUUAAAGUGUUUUCAAUGUUAAUUUUUUCCCCCUUCGUCGGCUCGUAGCCAAGAAUUUCAUUGAUACCGAUCGCGAAUUGUUACCGUGCUCCCCCGCAAUUGUUCGCGUGCCCCCCGCCCCUCUUCCCAUAUCCCGGCUCGGACAUCUCUAUCGUGUAUCUCUGUCGUGGAAACCCGUGAGCAGCGUUCAGGCACGCGUAGUGCAAGUUUACGAUUAAUGUCUGUUAAUGAUAAAACACAUAAGUGACUCAAUAGUCGCGCUUGCGCGCGCUUGGAUGCUUCUAUCCGAAUGGUAAUGGCCUAACGAAAGAGAGAGAGAGAGAGAGAGAAAGAGAGAGGUGUAUAGACAAUGCCUGAAAACCCCUUACAAACGAGGUACCUAAUGACGAAUACUUGUGCACAAUAUAACGCGCAAUAAUAAUACAUCCGCGAGCGAUGUGUAUUUUUAAUAAGCUGAGAUUCCCGCGAGUCUCUCGCGAAAUAGUCGGUAGAGAUCCUCAUUGAGGGCACGAGAGAGAGAAAGAGAUGAUGCGAAACAAUACUGAGAGCCGUAUAUAGAAAGUAAAGAGUUCCCUAUACAACAAUACACACAAAGACUAAUUCUGUAAUAUUCAAAGGCUAAUAUAUAUAGACAUAUAGUAAUCUUGUUUUUGAGUGUAGGAGGCUCGCGCCUCGUCCGGCUGGGCGCAUCUUUGCCCCCCCCCCCUCCCCCCUUUAGUUAUAAUCGCAUUUAAUAAUAAUUGUUUCCGUUAUGAGAGACUACUGUUUGUCGAUUAUAAUUAUAAUAUAUGCAAGUUGUACGUGAAAUAAAUAUAAAUGCUGUAAACAUCG